AGGGCUACACAAAAUCGAUAGACAUAUGGUCGGUGGGAUGUAUUCUAGCAGAAAUGUUAGCCAAUAGACCCAUCUUCCCAGGAAAGCACUACCUAGAUCAACUGAACCAUAUAUUAGGAGUAUUAGGAUCACCUUCACAAGAGGAUCUAGACUGUAUUAUUAAUGAAAAGGCACGCAGUUAUCUUCAGUCUCUUCCAUACAAACCAAAAGUGCCAUGGUCGAAGUUGUACCCGAAUGCGGACCCAAAAGCGCUGGACUUGCUGGACAAGAUGCUCACUUUCAACCCACACAAGAGGAUAGUCGUAGAAGAUGCGUUGGCACAUCUAUAUUUGGAGCAGUAUUACGAUCCAGCGGACGAGCCUGUAGCCGAGUCUCCAUUCAAAUUCGACACGGAGCUGGACGAUCUUCCAAAAGAGCACUUGAAGCGACUGAUCUUCGAGGAAACCAUACUUUACAAGCAACGGCAGCAGACGGAGCAACAAGCGCAACCUCAGCAAUCCAUGAACACUUCAUAGUUAUAUGAGAUCAGUGUUUAAACGGAUGGAUAACGUGUGAGAUUCUGAUUGAGACGAUUUGCGGUUAACCGCAAAAACGCGCUAGUGCUAUGCGAUGUGAACAUCGCGUAAGACAUUUCAUUUAUAUCUAUCUAUGUGUUGAAGCUAAGCGAUAUAACUCUUGAGGUUCAAUCAACAAUUCAAAAAACUGUUAUUUGGCGUCAUUCUAUUUUUCAAAUCAAAUAUAUACUGUAUAAUAAUAGGAUCCGUCAUUCACCUUUAUCGCGUCUGAGUAAAUACUUUUCUUUAUCUGCUGCUGCGCUGGCAGCAGCUUCGAGUUUUACUGAAAGGUCCUGUAGAGCAGAUAUGGGAAAUAGCUUUCUGCUUUUGAAAAUGUAUAUUGUAAAGUCCAUUCAAACCUCAUUCGCCCUGCGAGCACGCGAUCGCCACCUCUAUUCACAUUUCGCUGCCUGCUCGGGCAUUUAUCGCCGGCUGACGCGCGAUUUUGAACGUCGCGCGCUGGUGUUUGUUUUAGCGAUGAGCAAAUGAAAUUUGGAAACACAAUAAAUCUCGACGCGUAAAACAAAAGUGUCCAUGGGCCCACGAGUAGUUCCUAGACGUAGGGUCCCCAAGUUGGGUUGUCCCUAAUCUAUUACAGCGAAUUCCUGGUAAAUUGUUUCAGAAUAUACUUUGUGCUACUGUGUAACAAUUUCAGCGGUCGUAAUUGUUUGACGUACCCUUUCCAAACGUUCGGACAUAGAGUGAUCCUUCUGGAACGUCAAAAGUGUACUUCCCGCAAGGGAAUAAGAGUGUUGUCAAUCUCAUUAUUGGUUAUCAAAAAGUGCUAAAAAGUGGCUCAAUAUAAAGGGUUUUCCAUUAAGCACUUGACAACUUUUUUUAAAUAAAACGCAAACCAUUUGAGAUAUCUUGAAAAUUUUAUUAUUGGAUUGAAGUAUGUAUAUUCAAAACGUUUAUGUAUGGAAUUCGACCUCGUUCAUAUGUCCACCACGGGCACGUUCGCAGCGAUCGAUUCGUUGAACCUAAUUUGCAAUAACUCUGCCACAUAUUUCGACAGAAGCGGCCGCUACCUCUCGUUCAGUAUUUUCUCUGAGCUCCUCUAACGAUGCCGGCUUGUGUGCAUCGACGAAUGAUUUAUUGUAGCCUCACAAAAAAAGUAUAGAGGUGUUAAAUCACACGACCUAGCCGGCCAUUCGACAGGAUCAUUAUCGAUAUAACACGUUCACCGAAUUUUGAUGUCAAUAUGUCGAUCGUUUCACCCGCUGUGUGGCUUGUGGCGCCGUCUUGUUGAAACCUCAUAUCAUUAAUAUCUAGCCUAUCCAGUUGACCAAAAAAAUAACGUAACAUGUCUCCGUUAACUGUAACGUGAUGGUCAUUUUCAUAAACGAAAAAAAACCACUGCGAUGCUCGUCUUGGCAGCUCAUACGGCCUCGUUUAAACUCUGCUACCAAAUAUUUUACUGUUGUAAACGAAGGAGCAGACUCACCCAGAGUAGAAUCCAGUUCAGCUUUUAUAUUGGUUGAGCUGAGGCCUUUGAAAUAAAAGUUUUGUACCUACCACAUAACGAUGACCAAUUUUCUCCAUUUUCACAAAUUCACUGAAAACGUUCGGUAUUGAUGGCUGCCAAACAAAUCCUAAACAACGUGGCGUCUUCAAACUUGACACAUAUGCUUUAUAGGUUGCAUACUUUCCAAUACAAUGAUAAUUUUCAAACAACUAUCGCCAUCUCUAGGUCAGGCCGGGUACUUCUGGGACCACCCUCGUAAUGCAUAUUCUGUUUGUUGACGAAGCCGUUUAGCUAAAAAAUGCGCCUCAUCACUGAAGAUGAUUUCGUUCGUCGGUUCAUAUGAUCGAACGACUUCAGUUCUUGAGUUAACUUGAUCUUAUAAGGGUGCAGGCCAAGAUCUCUUUGAGAAAUUCGCCAUAGCGUCGUCUGAGCGAUGCCCAAUUCUUGAGAACGCCGUGUUCUGUUCUUUUGCAACGGAAGCUUGAACAGCAGCAAUAUUAUCGGCAGCUGUUGACUCACUGCCACGGGAACAUCGAGCAGCGAAUAUUUGAACUCAAUUUUUUUUACUAGUCUAUGAAUUGCUAGUCUACUGGAACGAGAAUUACGAGCAAAAUUAGCGUUAACGCUCUUAAAGUUGCAGUCACCGACUCGGAAUUUCGUUAGUAAAUUUUAAUUAUUUGUAAGAGUUGUUCGUUCGUGAUGAAAAUGUUUUCUUCACUGAAUGUUUUGACAUUGACAGUUCGGUAACUGAUUUAAAGGUGCGUUCACAGUGAAAGUUAAAAGUUGUCAAGUCCCUAUUGGAAAACCCGAUAUAUUUUCCCCGAUAAAUGGGCUAUCUCGUAUCCAUAGCUUUUUUUAUAAUAAAAAAACGGUCGCAGAACACGUGGUUAGAAAUUAGUGGGCUGUCGCCCAGUGUCAUUACAUGGCUCUGUAAUAAUUUAGACGUUCUAAAGAUAAAGUUACACAGUAUUCCAAAGUAAAAUUCCAUCUGUGUGUGUCCCAAACUUCCGUGGUCGAAAUAUUAUACCUAGACAUAAAGUUUAAAAAAACUGUGCACCGCACUUGCAAUGUGGACAACUUGGAGGUGCUAUAUUUCGGAAACAACUCGUAGAAAGACUGGGCCCAAUUUUAUUAUACAGGAUGUUCGAAAAAUUGACGUGGAUAUUUAAGAUGGUGAUUCCUUGUUUAAAAAUAUGAAAAAAACUUUCUAUGAACAUGGGUCCGGAAAUGCAGUUUUCAAGGUACAGGGUGAUUGAUACAUUCAAAAAAAAUACAAUAUCUUAACCCUUAAACGGUCGAUGUCUCUCCUGAGAUACGGUCACAUGGUACUGGCAUGUAUUUAAAAACCCAUUAAAAUGUAGCGAAUUGGGCAGUGUAUAGUGUGAGAUACAUUCACUAGUUAAUAAAACAACAAAUACUAAAGUUCCAAAAAGGGCAGUGGCGUACAUUUUUUUGCCAAUAAUAUUCGCUAAGGUGCCUCCGGGAUGCCACUGAACAUAAUAGUUUUAAUAUAUUUAGGGCUAAAUUAUCAUCUUAAUUCAACAAAUAAUAUUGCAAAAUUUCAACAAAAAUCCAGUAAAUAUGUUUUAAGCAUCUAAAAAUACAACUUCUUUGCCUCUUGUAUUUUUGGGUAUCUCACUUCGUUUUCGAGAACCAAAAUUAAAACCGUUUUAUUGCAUGUCACUAGACAAAAUCGGUGUAUUAAUUUUUGAUAACAAAAUCACAAGUGCCUUGGAAAACAAAAAAUCAAGAAAAAUGUCCAGGAAAUAAUGUACAGUACAUCAAGUGUUGGGAAUGUUCACCAUCCUUUUCGGUACACCUUACCCGACGAAUCAUUGAACGAUGAACUCGAGCUAAAAUUCGAGGUCUAUUAUAUCUUCGCAAGCAUUGACGAUUUUAUUUCUCAAUUCUUCUAUAGUCUCUAUGGGAGUAGCGUAAACCAUCGUCUUAAGGUGUCCCCAUAAAUAAAAAUCUAGUGGAUUUAAGUCAGGGGAGUGGGGUGGCCAGUGGAUUGGUCCAGCUCUUCCAACCCGAUUUUCACCAAAGGUGUGAUUCAGAUGAGUUUUGACAGGUAUACUAAAAUGCGGAGGAGCUCCAUCGUGCAUUAAAGUUAUUUGGUUACGUACAUUUAGAGGAACUUCUAGCAGAACUUGUUGAAGACACUCUAAUUAAGAUUCGCCGUUUAAUCUUAAGGGUAAAAAGAAAGGCCCAAUUAAAUUGUCACCGUCCACCACCCAUCCACACAUUUAAAGAAAAUUGUUCCUGGUAGCGACAUUGUUCGUAAGCAUCAGGUUUUUCGUCACUCCAUACAUGAUUGUUAUGGUAAUCAACAUACAAUCCUGCUUCGUCCGUAAACAGUAUGGUUUUAUUAAAAGUCCUAUUAUUAUCAACCUUUUGGUAAUACCAUUGGCAAAACUGCAAACGAGGUAGAAAAUCUUUUGGUAAUGCUUGCACACGUUGGACAUGAAAGGGUACAAAAGAAGAACCUGCCACACAGUGCUGUUGGAAAGAUUACGCCCUAAUCUAGUUGCUAUAGUCCUGGUACCGAUACCAGUAUUUAAAUAACAUUAUUGUCAAAAACAUCACCAAAAAGAAAUAAGAAAAUGUAUCUCUUUCCCGUAAUCUACGGCCUGUGCUUUCAAGGCUUCGACUAUCUGGAAGUUGCCGAUUGGGAAAUGCUUCUGCAUACAGGCGCCUCGCUGCAUAACAGUUACUAUAAGCACGUGAAUACAUUACAUACAUGUCUGCCAUUUCCUCAAAAGUGUAAAUUUAGAGAAAUUUCGCAAAUAAAAAUUCGUGAAUAAUACUUUUUUAGACGAACUGACGCAGAUGUGGAUGUCAAAUCUUUAUGAAGAUAUGAUUUUUUGUUUUCAAAUGCACUUGGUUUUUUGUUGCAUAAAAUUAAUAAACCAAUUUUGUCCAGUGACAUGCAAUAAAACUGAGAAAUGAAAAAAUACAAGAGGCAAAGAAGUUGUAUUUUUAGAUGCUUAAUCAAACAAAAAUAUUAAAGUCUUUUUGCCAAUAAUAUCCGCUAAAGUGCCCUCCCAGGACGCCACUAGACCUAAUAAUUUAAUCUAUUUAGGGCUAAAUUAACCUCUUAAUACAAAGAAUAAUAUUACCAAAUUUCAACAGAAUCGAAUAAAUAUUUUUUUAAAUUAAUAAUUUUUUUUCAAUUUAUCACACUGUAUCUUGAAUACUCUCCAUUUCCGGACACAUGUAUACAGCAACUUUUAUCAUAUUUUUUAACACGGAAUCACCCUCCGUGUAUUUUUUCGAACACCCUGUAUUGCAGUUAAUUUUCUUACACCCUAAUGACGUAAUCUGUGCUAAAUCGUCUUAUGCGAUAUGUGAUUUUGAAUGCACUUCAAGAGUUUAUUAUUAUACUGUGAAUAUUUGUAGUAUUAUUUCAGUUUGGAAGGACAGUUCUUCCACAAUGAAAUUUCAAUCGAUACAUGAUCACAAUGAAUUCUUACUGUUUGUAUUAAACCUGUGGCAUCCGUAAGCCAGAGGAUGUGUAAAGAUUACACACAUUUUAAUGGCUGUAGCAAAAAAUAUCACUGGUCAUUUUUUUAUAGUGGGAAUGCCCAAAUUUACAAAAUUGGAAAAAUCCAAAUGUAGUAGGGAACUCAACUUUUUUUGUUAGUUCGCAAAUGUUGAUAUCUUGUAAGUAGGUUCCCGUUUAAUUUGUGGCCUAUUCAUAUUUUUAAAGAAUAAUAUCAGUAAUUCAGAAAACAUUUUAAACACAUCCUCUGGUCAAGGAUAAUAAUAUUAAUCAUGAGGUCGAACGUUUUGUCUCUACCUAAAACUCCUGUUGAGGUAAAAAUAUAUGCUGAAAUGCUAGGGAUUUAUAAAAAAUGGUCAUGUAAUAAGUCUGUAGGAGUUACAUUGAUUUUCCAGUAUUAGGAAAACUGGUACCAAAUAUUCAUUCAAUCAAUUUUGAAUGAUUCAAUUGAUACUUAUUUUAAGCCCUGUGUGGGGUCAUAUACGUUAUAGAUGCAGCCAAAACGUCUAAAUGUUCCUUUGAUUCAUUGAUUUUUACUCGGCGUUAGUGAGAUUACAUUGAAAUUACGGAAGUUUUACUAUCACAACAUUCCAAUUUAUUAUUUUUGCCCUGAGACACCUGGCCUGAUCUAGUCGACAAACUCAUUGCAAAUUCAAGUUGUUAAGUUUGUAUCUCAAUACUAAACUAUUAAAAAGGCGUGUUGUAUCAACAUGAUGGUAACACUAGCAUAACUUACUUGUGGAUGUAAAGGUGGUUACAGAACAAGCAAAGAAGAGGUAUACCAAGAGAGGACACUGCGCGAAAUGUCUUUGAAAUUUACUGGUCGCUUUCAUUGACUUUGUCCCUUUAAAUCGGUUUGACACUGCAUUACUUGUUGUCUACAUGUUUUACGACAAGAACAGAUUCGUAAAGGGUGGCCCAACAAAAAGGUCGCACCCCAUUUGUGACUCUCCUGGUAUAUUUUGGGAAAAACGCUCGGACAUGUCAAUUUUGAUUUCUAGCGAGUUUUUUUGCCUUAUCAUUGAGUGGCCUCAUCCACAUUUUUCUAAGAACAUUUCACUCAUCAGUCAUUUAAGUUCAAUUAACUGAAUGUGGUUGCUAUUUUCAAAUUUGAGUUUGGCUCCUGAUGAUGAUAUCAUAGCCUAUCUAUCGAAAGCUUGAGAAUUCAGUUACAAGAGUACAUUUUGCAAAAUUUUCCAUUCUUCCAUCUAACUAGUUAUUGACGACAAUGUCUCACCUCCAUUUGUGACUCUCGGGCAAUUCAAUUUUGUUUUCUAGCCUAUAGCUGGACAAUACAGGGUGAUCCAAAAACAAGAUAUUGCGUUACAUUUUAGAUUUUCAAAUGGAACCCCGCAUUUUUUUAAUUUUCAGAUUCUCCAUAAAGUUUUUAGUAACUUUUGUAUAAUAAAGCUUAUACCUAGCUUAAUCGUUGUGAAGCUAUUUGAGUUUAUAAUAAAAUUCGAGAAAUUGUGAAAAUUGACGUGUCCGAGCGUUUUUCCCAAAAUAUACCAGGAGAUUCACAAAUGGGGGUGCGACCUUUUUGUUGGGCCACCCUGAAUAUGAGCGAACGGCUAAAAGUGUUGACGAACCGAAAAAGACGGAAUCUGUAGGUAGUGUCGUUGAAAUUCAGUAGAUUCAAGGGCAAAAUCGGUAGGAGGAAAGAGCAAGGCCAUCGCAAGAUCAGCGGUGGAUCAAGGGCCUUUUCGUCACGCAGCGCCGUCUAUGAAAGAAAAGUAUUGCACGCACACACACCACAGGUUUUUUCCUGAAUAAAUAUCAACUCCUUUAUAACUUGUACUGGUCGUUUUUCAAACUCCUUUACAGCCAUCCUGGAAGCACCUUUUCUCAUUCUUGUUGAUAAGAUUGUGAAUAUUUCUAUGUGUUACCUAUGAGCUUGACACCUGACAUUUCAAUUUGAUAUUUAAAUCAAAACAAACGAGAUUUUGUUUCCUUUUUGCUUGUCCGGUGAUACGAUAAUGACGGUGAUGACACAAAAACCAAUACAGAGGAAACGGAGUAAGAGUGCCUGCAUAAUUACAGGGUGUUUCAGAACUAAGGGUUAUUCAUUAUUCAGUGUAACAGUAGAAAAGAUUUGAGUAUAGGGGCCCAUAUCCGGAAAACUGUCACUACGGCCCUAAGACGCGUUAAAAUUUAGAAAGACGAUGAAUUGCCUAAAUAGGAUUUAAUGCAUUUAAUUUUUGCCUUUUGUACAUGAUAUCAUCACAACAAUUGUUCAAAAUGUGGCGUUUCUUGGAGGAACUUCUUCUCUUUAAUUCGUUUGGCCAAUCUAUCUUUUUCUAAGUUUAUUCUCCUUGUCUAUCUUCUCUUGGUAUGCGAGGGCGGAUCAAUAAGUCGGUGAAUUUUUGGAUUAAACACAGGUUUUUGACAAAAAAACAUCUUAUUUCUCAACAUAAUCUAAUAUACUUCGUCCAACGUUUCUCCAAUUUUUUAUCUCUUCCAAAAAAAUAAGAUUUGUUGAGCUCCUCAUAAUAGGUAUUUGUCAAUUGGUUUCACCGUUGGCGUCAAAUCUCUUUCCGCCGAGCCAUUUCUUUGAGUUUGGAAACAAGAAAUAGUCACUUGGGGCUAAAUCCGGAGAAUAAGGUGGAUGAGGGAGCAAUACAUAGCCCAAGUCAUGCAAUUUCGCCAUGAAGACUGCAGAUGUGUACAUUCUUGCAUUGGCUUGUGGAAAAGAACUUUGUUCAUGGUCAACAGUGGUCGUUUUUUCUUCAAAUGUCGGUGAAUGUGUCGUCCAAUGAGCUGGCAUAAUAUUCGCCAUACAUUGUUCUGCCCUUUUGAAGGUAAUCAAAGCGGAUUAUACGCCGCACAUCCCAAAACACGAUCGCCAUGUGUUGAGGAUAGGUAAGCAAAGCAAUUCAACUCGCAGUCGUCUUCGGUUCAGAACAGUUUAUUGAGUACUUGUACAUGAAUGUGUAGAUACGCGACAGGUGUAUACCGGGCUUCCGCGGUCCGCGCGCGUGCGUUGGCUGCUGUUGUUCUUCUGCAUCCUACGAGGCCUACUGACGAUAACGCCAUAGCUGUAACCUAAAUAGGUCGGGUGGUUCUUUAGGAAGUUGGUCUAUUCCUAAUAUUUUCAUCAUCCGUGACAUUGUUGGAUGGUAUCUGAUCUGGUGUGGAACUUGGAGGAUAGUCCGACAACAGGCAUCAAACUUCACAUCAUCACCAAAGUUAGCGAUGAGUAAUCCCAAAGCUCUAGUUGCGAAAUCAUUAAAAUCUCGGUCCGGACGCUCCGGGUGGAGUAAGGCUGCACACAGUUCUUUUCUUGGCCGUGAUGGUCCUCCAUUGUUGAUAUAAUAGCCUAAGAACUUGACAUCUUGGAUGCGGUCUGAACAUACAGUCUUCUUAAUGUUGAUAAUCAUUCCAAAUCUUCCAGCACAACUGGCUAGUCUGCUGAUGCUAAUCCGUUGGCUUGUUGCACAUAAAGAGUCAUCGCCUAAGACAACGUGAUCGUGGAUCUGAAUAUCUUGUGCACGAACACAAUACUGCGUGACAAUCCAGUUAACAACUGAAUCAAUCAUCUGGGUAAAGUAGCUGCCACUUGCUACUCCCUUGGACUUACGAUAACGCUCACCAUUACAGAGACGGAUGGGUGUAUUGAUAAAGUAACUCACUAUCUUCUUCCAUGCUCUGUAAAGCUUGCAUGUGUCUGGAGUUCCGUAGUCCUGAUACUCAGUCCAAUCAAUAUUAACUGCUAAGAUAUCAAAUGCAAUGCGGAUUAACCAGGCUGGUAUGGUUUUAUCAAAAUCCUUAUAGUCCAAACUCAAGAAACUUCCAUACUUGGCGAACUUCAUGAACAGUUUCCUGCAUCCGCCACGUGCUGUCUCGUAUCCAUAAGCCAUCGGGCUUGUGUGUUUCUUAUAAGCGUCAAUGAGCGGUAAAGCAAAACAGGCUUCCUGGAACGAAACGCUACAUGGAUAUCCCCAUACAGCGCGAACUUUCUUCUCCCCAGGAGCGACGAGAUGUGGUCGUACAUAGGCCGCACAGUCUGGUAGACUGAUCUGUUUCCCCUCUUUAACUAGGUGCCACAAUCUGCGAACACUUCUAAAUGCGUCUGGGUCAGAUGCGACUUCCUUCUUCGUCCUGUAUCCAUACAUCUUCCAUGGUAAACCAGGGGAAGACCCCCAAUUAUCCAAAUCCUUUAGGGGCAAAUCGUUGAGAGGUAUUGGUUUCACCCUCUUAGGUAAGGAAAAUAGUUGGAAACAAUCACGGACGACCUGAUCCAGAAUAUGAUCGUCAAAUUUUGGCAUGCUGGAUCCACCGUAGCGGCGAACGUCUUCCCUGAUGUCACUCAGAGACACUGGACUCCGGAUCAAGUCCCCAGCUUCCUUAGUCGCCCAAUCUGGGCAGUAGAAUGACUUAACAAAGGCAAAGUGCCGUUGUGCAAACGGUUUAUCGACACCUAUUAAGGCCAUUGUAAAUUCGGGAAAGGUUUUUUUUUUUUUAACAAGGGGGGAAUGCAUUUACGCACCAUACCAUAGCACGAGCUACAGCGUGUGUGGGGCUCCAGGGUCUUGAGGAGAUCACCUAAUACCCACUAAACCCUAAACCUCCGCGUGGCCCGACUCAUCAGCGUCUCGGUAGGCCAUGUGUUGUGCGUGACCUGCGGUCUGCUACAACGUCUCCUCAUGUGUUUCAGUCUGUGGGAACGCCGGGUUGGUUCCCUUUACCUCGCACAUUCUAUCGAUGUCGUUAAGCGAUCAUCGAUAGAGGGUCUGCUAGUUUCUCUUGAAACUCUUGUUUUCGAAAAAUCAAGAGUUUCAAGUCCUCUUACCAAUAUGUUGUUCCUGGUCCUGGUCCUGAAGGGUCCUGGUCCUGGUGGGUCCUGGUCCUGGUUGGUCCUGGUCCCGGUGGGUCCUGGUCCCGGUGGUUCCUGGUCCUCUGCAUCCACGCCGUG